ACCCCGCUUCCGGUCUGUUUGUCUUUGUAGCUGUCUGUGGACUUUCAAAGUCAGAAGAAGUCUGAAGCUUUGAACAAUGUUGUCUGUCACCGUCCUGUGCAGGUUACGACCCCGUAUCGUUCCCAGCUCGUUCCGUUACAUCCACGCCACGGCGGUGUGUCCCGGCUUUUGUGAUGGAGGAGUUAGCCAUAGACAGCUACAUGCUUCCAGGAGCUCGUUCGUCAGCCUAAACAGCAACAGCAACAGCAAGCUGCAGUCUUACCGUCCAUCUACACGUUUCACCUCUACGUCAACCCACUCUGAAGAUGGACAUCUCAUUUACACUGGUAGUCUGACCAAUGCUAUCCGAGGGGUGAGGAUGUUCUCCUACAGCACCAGCUGCACCAGCCUCUUCCUCAUGCCCUACAUGGUCUCGAAAAACCUAGUGGGAACUGAUAACUUUGCCUUGCAGGUCGCGUUCGGCUGCGCCAUCGGCUUCUUCACCUUUGUCACCCCUGUCUUCCUACACCUCAUGACCCACGGCUACGUGAUGCGUCUUUACCACAACCCCGACAAAGAUACUUACACCGCCAUCACCUUCAGUGUCUUCCUCACAGAAAAAAGGAACACGUUCCAUCAGAGCCAGGUCAAGAUCCCUGCUGUCAGCCAGAUGUUCACCACUUUGUACGCAGGCACCAAGGGGCUGAUGGUAAACCCGGAACUUUUCGCCAUACCACAUGACUAUAAUCACCUGAUGGGCUACGAUAAGCCCUUUAGCUUUGACUUAGACGAUGUGGACAGACCUGAUAAGAGCUGAGAGACAAACUUUACAAUCACUAUAUACACUCAGCAUGUCAACCACUGGAGACUUGACAACAGUUUCUCACUCAAAGAAAAGAAAAGUGAAAUAGUGAAAACAAGUUAUUAUUUAAUCAUCAAAACCUGAUGUGUAUGAGAAUACAGAGCUAUUUAACAUGCAUUUCACUAAAGGCAGCCGUGCGUUGAUUGAUUUACAAAAGUAAGACAUGAAAACAUGGUUUUGAACAAGAAAGAGACACAUUCAAGUACUGAAGCUCAAGGUUGAGGAGAAAAGGGACACAAUAUUCAGUCUAUGAAAAAAAUUACACUUGAAUCAUUUUUACCAAUAAAUCUUGUGUAGAGCCAA